AUGGACUACGAUUAUCUUAUAAAACUGCUUUGUGUUGGUGAUUCCGGCGUUGGAAAAACGAGCUUUUUGUAUAAAUACACUGAUGGAGUUUUUCACACUCAAUUCAUUUCAACAGUUGGUAUUGAUUUCCGGGAGAAAACUGUGAUAUAUCAACAAAAUUCUAGGCAGCAUCGCAUUCACUUACAGCUUUGGGAUACAGCGGGACAAGAGAGAUUCAGGAGCUUAACAACAGCUUUUUAUAGAGAUGCAAUGGGAUUUUUGCUUCUCUUUGAUUUAACAAACGAGGCUUCUUUCUUAGAAGUUAGGAAUUGGAUCGAGCAAUUGAAGACUCACAGUUUAAGUGACGACCCUGACAUAGUUCUGUGUGGCCACAAAUGUGAUCUUCAAGAGAAGAGAUUGGUCAAUCAGAAUCGAGCUAGGGAAUUUGCCAAGAACUAUAAUCUGCCAUACUUGGAGACAAGUGCUAAAACAGGACAAAAUAUUGACCGUGCCACUGAGAUACUGCUAGAUAGAAUUAUGUACAGGUUUGAUAUUUAUAUAUAUUUUUCUUACUUAGAAAAAAUAAUGGAGUCAUCAGUGGAAUAUGCCAUGCUGUGUGCGUCUGGUCGUAGGAGACAGUCAUUACAAAGAUUACAAGCGAAACAAGACAGGAAACUGUGUUCAUGUUAA